AGAGACAAUCCCAUCAAUGACACUUCUGGAGUUCUCUCAAUCAACCCAGAUGGAAAUCUCAUCCUCCGUCAUCACAACUCCGACAAGUUCUUCAUCUGGUCCACGAAUGUUUCUGUCACUGCUCUUCCAAGUUCAACAGUUAUGGCUCAACUCUCUGAUAUAGGUAAUCUUGUUCUGCAGAUUCAGAAUGACUCCAAAACUUUGUUGUGGCAAAGCUUUGAUCAUCCCACUGACACUCUUCUUCCAUACGCCAAACUGGGUUUCAACAAAAGAACUGGUGAGAGCUGGUUGUUGCAGUCAUGGAAGUCAGAAGAUGAUCCUGGAACAGGAAGCAUCUCACUUAGGUUCAACACAUCAGGGAAAGAUCAGGUUUUUCUUUACAAUAAAAACGUUCCACUGUGGCGAGGUGGGUUCUUCAAUGGCGAAAUACUUGUGGGGUUGCCAUCUAUGAGACGAGAAAUGUCAUAUGCUUUCAACCUCACUGUUACAGACAAUGACAAUGAGGCAGGAAUCAUGUUUCAUGCCGUCGACCACACCGCCAUCUUCCGGUUGGGGGUUACUCCGACAGGCUACAUGCAAACACAUAAAUGGGAGUACGAUAAGAAUGAUUGGAAGCUAUACGGAUCGUAUCCAGAAAUCAAUUGUGAAACCUAUGGAACUUGUGGAGCUAACAGUAAGUGUGACUCUUUUAACUAUGCAUACAACAAGUGCUUUUGCCUACCUGGGUUUGAACCUAAAAACCCAACAAAUUGGAAUAAUAACGAUGCUUCAGAGGGUUGUGUGAGGACGAAAGGACCAUCCAUGUGUGGGAAUGGAGAAGGAUUCAUUAAAGUAGAAAGUGUGAAGAUUCCAGAUACUUCCAUAGCGAAUGUUAAGAAGGGUUUGAGCAUGGAUGAAUGUGAACGAGAAUGCUUGAGAAACUGUUCUUGUAAUGCCUAUGCUGCUUCAGAUGUCAGAAAUGGAGGAAGUGGAUGCUUAGCUUGGCAUGGGACUUUGAUGGACACAAUGGUACUGAGUGAGGAAGGACAUGAUUUAUAUGUUCGUGUUGAUGCUGUUGAAUUAGCAAAUUAUGCCAAGAAAUCAAAAGCAAAACUUUCUAAGCUUGGGAUGGUGGGAAUUCCAGUGGCUACUGUUGUUGUGAUUGUUCUUCUGAUUGCCUUGUAUGCGUAUUGCUUUUGGAUGAGGAAAACAAGAGGCCUAGGCGGUGAAAUAACUGAAGAACAAAUGAAAAUAGAUUCCCCAACAGAAGAGGAGGACCAUGGUGAAAAUAGAGCACAACCAAGCUUGCCAUUUUUCAGUAUUAAAACAAUAAUGAUUGCAACACAAAAAUUCUCGGAUGAGAAUCGACUGGGGCAAGGUGGAUUUGGAUCUGUGUACAAGGGCUUAUUAGUUAAUGGACAAGAGAUAGCAGUGAAAAGAUUGUCUCAAGGUUCUAGACAAGGGACUCAAGAGUUCAAGAAUGAAAUCAAAGUAAUUGGAAAACUACAACACAGGAAUCUUGUAAAGUUGCUUGGUUAUUGCAUUCAUAAAAGAGAAAGAAUGUUGAUAUAUGAAUACCUACCCAAUAAAAGCUUGGACUUCUUUCUCUUUGAUAGGAAUAGAAGGUCAUCAUUAGAUUGGGAUACACGUUUUCAUAUCAUCAUUGGAAUUGCUCGAGGUAUUCUCUACCUUCCAAAUUCGAGGCUGAAAAUAAUUCAUAGGGACCUUAAAGCUAGCAAUGUCCUUUUAGAUGUUGCAAUGAAUCCCAAAAUUUCAGAUUUUGGCAUGGCUAGAAUAUUUGAGGAGGAUCAAAUCCAAGCAAGAACACGAAGAAUUGUUGGGACAUAUGGUUACAUGUCUCCAGAAUAUGCAAUGGAAGGACAAUAUUCAACAAAGUCUGAUGUUUUCAGCUUCGGUAUUCUAUUGUUAGAGAUUAUCAGCGGCAAAAGAAAUACAGACCACGAUAAAGGAAGGGAACCCUUAAAUUUAAUUGGACAAGUAUGGGAGAUGUGGAGAGAAGAAAAAUCCUUGGAAAUAGUUGAUUCAUUACUUGGAGAAGAUUAUCCAAUUGACAUAGCAUUACGAUGUAUACAUAUUGGGCUCUUGUGUGUGCAAGAAAAAGCCUCUUAUAGGCCUUCCAUGUCAGAAGUAAUUUUCAUGCUUGGCAAUGAAGUUUCCCUUCCCUUGCCUCGAAGGCCUGCAUUCCUAUUCAAUUCUAACACAGAGUUUCCAGAAUCUUCAGCAUCUGGAGAUCCUUCGGUAAACAAUGUUACUACUACUACAAUCAUAUGCCUUCAUCAAUUUAUUAUCUAUGAGACAAGUCACGAGAUAAUGAAGAUAGCAAAUGGGACGAUAGUUAUUUUGUCUGUUACAAUCCAUCACUGCUUCUUGUUUUGUGCAGCUUUGUUGUCUGACACCAUAACAAUUGACAAACCCAUAAGCGAUGGUGAGCUUCUGAUUUCUAAAGAAAACAUUUUUGCUCUUGGGUUCUUCACUCCAGGCAAAUCGAGCUAUCGCUAUGUUGGAAUUUGGUACUAUAAUUUGCAAGAGCGCACUGUCGUUUGGGUUGCAAACAGAGACGAUCCCAUGAAUGACACCUCAGGAAUUCUCUCCAUCAGCUCUGAUGGAAACCUAAUUCUCCAUCACAAUCACUCCGACAAACCCAUCUGGUCAACGAAUGUUUCUGUCACUGUUCCAAAUACAGUAGCCAUGGCUCAACUCACAGAUUCAGGUAAUUUUGUUUUGACUGACAAUCACUCCAAGACUGUUUUAUGGCAGAGCUUUGAUCAUCCCACUGAUACGUUGCUUCCAUUUGCCAAAUUGGGAGUCAACAAAAGAACUGGUCAGAGCUGGUUCUUGCGGUCAUGGAAGACAGAUGAUGAUCCUGGAUCAGGAAACUUUUCUAUCAGGUUUAAUACAAGUGGGAAAUCUCAGUUAUUCCUGUACAACAAUGACGCACCUUGGUGGCGAGCAGGUUCCUUCAAUGGCGAAAUGUUCAUAGGAAUCCCAUUUAUGAAACGAGCAAUGACCACUUAUUUUAACGUUGCUAUUACUGAUGAUGAUAAUGAGAUUGGGGUUGUAUUUCACUCCUUUGACAAAAAGGUCAUAUUGCGUGUGGGGGUUAUUCAAUCUGGAUUCUUUCAAGCUUUCCUAUGGGAUUUUAAUAAGAAACAAUGGAAUCGAUACUAUUCUGGGCCAGAAGUGGAUUGUGACAACUAUGGAACCUGUGGUGCUAACAGCAAUUGUGAUCCUCUUAACUAUGCAAAUUUCAAGUGUUCUUGCUUACCUGGGUUUGAACCUAAGAAUCCAACGAACUGGUAUCAACAUACUGAUGCAACAGAAGGUUGUGUGAGGAAGAAAGGACCAUCGUUGUGUGGGAAUAAUGGAGAAGGAUUUGUUAGAGUUGAAAAUGUGAAGAUUCCUGAUACAUCUAUAGCGAAUGCUAAUAUGGAGAUCACGAGUUUGGAAGAAUGUGAAAAAGAGUGCUUGAGAAACUGUUCUUGUAGUGCUUAUGCUUCUGCAGAUGUGAGAAAUGGUGGAAGGGGAUGCUUGACGUGGCAUGGGACUUUGAUCGACACACAGAUAUUAAGUCAUGAAGGGCAAGACAUAUUUGUUCGGGUUGAUUCUAUUGAACUUGCAAAAUAUACCAGGAAAUCAAAAGGAUCACUUGCUAUGUCAGAGAGACUGGGACUUGCAGUGGCUUGUGUCGCAUUGAUUUCUAUUUUGACUGUCUUAUCUGUGUGCUGUUUUCGUAACAAAAUAUCAAGAGAUGAAACAAUCGAACAAGAAUUGAAAUUCAAUUCCCCAACAGAAGAGCAGAAUGGUGAAAACAGAGAGCAAACAAGCUUACCAUUUUUCAGCAUCAAAAGCAUAAUGGCUGCAACAAACAAUUUCUCAGAUGAGAAUCAAUUAGGGCAAGGUGGAUUUGGUUCUGUGUACAAGGGAAUAUUAGUUAAUGGACAAGAGAUAGCAGUGAAAAGAUUGUCCCAAGAUUCUGGACAAGGGACUCAAGAGUUCAAGAAUGAAAUCAAACUAAUUGCCAAACUGCAACAUAGGAAUCUUGUGAAGUUGCUUGGAUAUUGCAUUCAUAAAGAAGAAAGGAUGUUGAUCUAUGAGUACCUUCCCAACAAAAGCUUGAACUUAUUUCUCUUUGAUGGCAAUCAAAGAAUGUCAUUAGAUUGGGACAUACGUUUCCAUAUUAUAUUUGGAAUUGCUCGUGGUCUUCUCUAUCUCCAUCAAGAUUCAAGACUAAAAAUAAUCCAUAGAGACCUUAAGCCUAGCAAUGUUCUCUUAGAUGCAACAAUGAAUCCCAAAAUUUCAGAUUUUGGCAUGGCUAGAAUAUUUGGAGAGAACCAAAUCCAAGCAAAAACUAGACGAAUUGUUGGGACAUAUGGUUAUAUGGCUCCAGAAUAUGCAAUGGUAGGACAGUAUUCAACAAAAUCUGAUGUUUUCAGCUUUGGUAUUCUAUUAUUAGAGAUUAUUAGUGGCAAGAGGAAUACAGACUGCGAUAAAGAAAAAGAAACCCUAAAUUUGAUUGGACAGGUAUGGGACAUGUGGAGAGAAGGAAGGCCCUUGGAAAUAGUGGAUUCAACACUUGGUGAAUCAUAUCCUCUUGAUGUAGCCCUAAGGUGUGUACAAAUUGGGCUCUUGUGUGUUCAAGAAAGUGCUUUCUAUAGGCCAUCCAUGUUGGAAGUUGUUUUCAUGCUUGGAAAUGAAGUAACCAUUCCCUCACCUCGAAAGCCUGCAUUCUUAUUCGAUUCUAAUAAAGAGCAUUCAGAGUAUUCAACAUCUAGAGAGGCUUCAAUAAACACUGUUUCAACUACUACAAUCAGUGCUCGAUAAAUUUGCCUAUAUAGAGAAUUAUAUAAAUGUAUUUUAUGAUCCUAUAUAUAUGUCUUGUUAAACUUUGAUUCUUCUA